UGAGAAAGCUGCUGCUACUAUGUUGAGUCAGAUUGUUAAUGUUGUUCAUGUUUGUCACUUUAUGGGUGUUAUGCAUAGGGAUUUGAAGCCUGAGAAUUUUUUACUUGCUAAUAAGGAUGAGAAUGCCGCUUUGAAAGCUACUGAUUUUGGACUCUCUGUCUUCAUUGAAGAAGAAGCUAAUCUCACAUUAGACAUUCAAGAUGACAGAUUAUGAGAAAUGUAGAGAAAAGAGGAUAGCGGAAAAUAAAUUAAAAAUGCAAGAAAUGGGGAUUUGUUCUGCCGCAUAUGAAACUCAAUCAAAAAAGGGCACAAAACGCAAAUGCAGGAGUAAGGAGGAUGAUAUUGAGAAUGAUGAAAUGGAGCGUGAUGAUGAUGCUGAGUAUGAUCCAGAGAUGGAGGAUAAAGGUGAGAUGGAAGAGGAUAAAAGUGAGAUGGAAGAGGAUAAAGGUGAGAUGGAAGAGGAUAAAGGUGAGAUGGAAGAGGAUAAAGGUGAGGAGGAGACCGAUACUACAACGCGUACCGCAAGUGAAAUUGUGAGUCACAAUCCAAAAAAGAAAAGAGGGCGAGGUCCCACAAAAGGACUUAAGAACAAGGAACCCAUGCACCUUGAAUACGAUAAAUUUGGUCAACCAUGUGGUAAGUGGCGUCAUAUGUAUGGGCAACAAGUUGGCCUUUGCAUGCGCAAACUUUCCAUUUUAACAACAUGGAAAGAAGUGACGGAGGGUAUGAAGAAGGCAUUGUGGGAAGAUACAGUGAAUUUAUUUCAUAUUGAACCUGAUGAAGCCAAGAAGGAAGUAUUUUUAUCAGCUGUUGCAGAGAGAUUUAGAGACUUCAAGACAAAGCUAGUGAGUGGAUGGAUCACUUUAAGAAGAAAAGAACCAAGUCUAAGAAGUUGA